AUGACCACCCCUACUGAAUCCGACCCAGUCAAAAAAGACUACGAUCUGUCGCAGUCUUUAGAUACAAGCUUUGGUCUUCGACAGGGACUUACAUCUUAUGGUGACCAACAUUUUUCAUUGUUUCUGCGAAAGGUCUUCAUCAAAGCCCUUGGUUAUUCUGAAGAUGCCCUGUCGCGUCCUAUCAUCGGUAUCAUCAACACCGGUUCGGGCUUCAACCCCUGCCACGGGAAUGCCCCCCAGCUUAUCGAGGCCGCAAAGCGGGGAAUUCAUUUGAACGGAGGAAUUGCCAUUGACUUUCCUACGAUCAGUGUUGCUGAGAGUUUCUCCCACCCCACGAGCAUGUUUCUUCGGAACCUUAUGAGUAUGGAUACGGAGGAGAUGAUCAAGGCUCAGCCCGUGGAUGCGUGUAUCAUGAUUGGAGGAUGCGAUAAGACUGUUCCUGCGCAGAUCAUGGGCGGUAUCUCGGCCAAUAAACCUGUUCUCCCACUGAUUACCGGGCCGAUGAUGCCAGGUAGCCAGCGUGGAAAGCGAAUUGGUGCCUGUACUGAUUGUCGGAAUAACUGGGCUUCUUACCGCGCCGGGAAUAUAGACAUAGAGGAGAUCAUGGAGGUUAAUGAAGAGCUCGCUCCAACGAUUGGGACAUGUGGUGUGAUGGGAACAGCUAGUACAAUGGCAUGUAUCACCGCAGCACUUGGACUAAUUCCCCUUCAGGGUGCAUCAGCCCCAGCCGUCUCUGCAGCUCGGAUGAGAAUUGCGGAGCAGACAGGUGCAAAUGCCGUCGCUGCAGCGAAGGCCCAGAGAACUCCUCAAGCUCUCCUCUCCGCCGAAUCCUUCUACAAUGCUGCCAUAGUUCUUCAAGCUAUCGGUGGAUCGACCAAUGUCAUGGUUCAUUUAAUGGCUAUAGUGAACCGACACCCACUUCUCAGCGGUAACUUCAAUUUAGAAAACCUAGACCUUAUCGGCAGAACCACCCCUCUUCUAGUGGAUUUGAAACCAAGCGGAGAUAACUAUAUGACUGACUUUCACAACGCCGGUGGAAUGAUAACUCUCCUGAAUCGUUUGCGACCGUUGCUUUAUCUCAACGCUCAAACUCUAUCAGGCGAGACUUUGGGCGAGCUACUCGAUCGUACUCCAUUCCGCGACUUUGAAUAUGCUCGCACUAUUAUUCGUCCCAUUUCCGAUCCUUUAUAUCCCUGUUCAUCUUUAGCUGUUGUCCGCGGCAACAUUGCCCCCAACGGUGCUGUGAUGAAAGCUUCGGCCUCUAAGGACAGGCGUCUCCUUCACCACAAAGCUAAAGCCGUAGUCUUUGAAAAUUCGCAGGAUCUAGCUCUCCGGAUUGAUGAUCUUGAUCUCGAGGUCACUGCCGAUUCUAUUCUGGUUCUCAAAGGGAUUGGCCCAAUAGGGAACCCGGGAAUGCCAGAAGCCGGCAUGAUUCCAAUUCCGCGCAAGCUGGCCACGCAAGGUGUCACAGAUAUGCUUCGGAUAUCUGAUGGAAGAAUGUCUGGAACUGCAGGAGGAACAAUCUUGCUGCAUGUCUCACCAGAGUCAGGGAUUCCCGAUUCUCCGUUUGGGGUUGUGCAGACUGGAGACGAGAUAGAGUUUCAAUUGGACAGCCGGAAAAUCGAGCUGUUAAUCUCUGAAGAAGAGCUGCAGAGGCGUAUUGCGGAACGGAAAGAGAAGUUGGUGAACUUGAAAGACGGAGAACAGCCAUCAGUGUGGUUACAACGACAGACCCGGCGCGGAUAUAGAGGUCUCUAUGAACGGACGGUCAACCAGGCGCAUGAAGGUGCUGAUUUCGAUUUCUUAACUGCCACUGGUCCGACACAAUAG